GGUAGAACGGGAGAACCCGGCAUACGCAGUACGAGGGAAUAAAUAACACAGUAAUCAUAGUGCGCGAUUAAAGGACCUCGGGCGAACAGGAAGCGAGCACUCGCCGCAAGCGAGGAAGCUGCCGAACGCGAACGCGCGAAUCCGCGUUCGCGAGCCAUGGACUCGUAAAGAAGAUUAUCGAGUUCGUCGCCGCCAGAUCGUCGAUCUCCUCGAAUCCUCCUCCCGCUCCGAUUUUUCUUUUCGAAUUGCAAUAUGGACGAAAACUUGAGCCGGGGAUAUGUCCAACUGGGCAAGGCCAGGGGCAUGAACGAGUUCAAAUUUUCGAAUGGAUUCACGCAUCUCUCGCCGCCUGUCGACAAAUGCAACUUCAUUUACAUGGCUCUGAUUCUUGGCGGCAUAGGAUUUCUUCUACCUUACAACAGUUUCAUUAUAGCAGUAGAUUAUUUUCAAGCAAGAUAUCCAGGAACUACCGUGAUAUUCGACAUGUCUGUCGUUUACAUUAUUAUGGCUUUCUUUGCAGUCUUUGCAAACAAUAUAUUGGUCGAAACCUUAUCGCUGAAUACACGAAUCACGUUUGGAUAUCUAGUUUCCUUUGUUACUCUGAACUUUGUGGUGAUCUGCGAGAUUUGGUGGGAACUCUUCGGUGUUGCAACUUCCUAUACUAUUAAUUUAGUUGCCGUUGCAAUAGUAUCACUUGGUUGUACAGUUCAACAAUCGAGUUUUUAUGGAUACACAUCAAUGCUUCCCAGUCGAUAUACUCAAGCUGUGAUGACUGGAGAAAGUGUUGCUGGCUUUUGGGUAUCAAUUAAUCGAAUAAUAACAAAAUCGUUACUCAAUGAUGAGCGUGGUAAUACAUCCAUGUUUUUUGUUCUGUCGAAUAUGACGAUCUUGUUGUGUUUUGUUUUACAUCAAGUAGUACGGAAGACAGACUUUGUGCAAUUUUACAUAACAUUAUGCCAAGAAAGAAACCGGAUCACUUUGGAACCAACAGAAGAUGUCGGACUGAUGGAUCCGUUAGACCAAAUCGGUGAUCCUUCGAAAGGUCAAUACGGAGUGUUGAAGAUCCAAACGAGUCCGUUGGGGACAGAAUCCGCGAGUGGGACCGAUUUAAAUGCGUCUCGACAAUAUUCUGCAUUCUCAUUCAGCAAUCCAGUUUAUGAACCUAGCGCACCUUCAGGAAAUCCGCCUGGUAGCGCUGGACCAACUUACAAAGUCGAAGAUGUCGUGGUUAUGAGAGGUGCUUAUGGAACACAAAGCACAAGUACACCAUGGUCCGGCAUAAAAAGGGGUUUACUCGCAAGACUCGAAGUUGCCAAAUUGAUCUUCCCAUACAUGGCUAGCAUUGGAGUCGCUUAUUUCGUAACGCUUUGCUUGUAUCCAGGAAUCGUGUCGGAAAUAAUAUCUUGCAAGUUUGAAUCAUGGAUGCCGGUUAUUUUAAUGACCGCCUUCAACGCCUCUGAUUUACUCGGCAAGGUAUUUGCUUUAAUACCUUACGAAUGGAAACGUACGCAACUACUUUAUUUCUCUAGCGCGCGGGUCAUACUUAUUCCUCUAUUUCUGCUUUGCGCAAUUCCACGUGGUGCUCCUAUUCUCUCCGGCGAGGGAUAUCCGCUUUUGUUCUCUUGGUUGCUCGGUCUUACGAAUGGUAUAGUCGGUUCCAUACCUAUGAUCCAAGCACCAAGUAAAGUACCGGAGGAACAUCGAGAACUCGCAGGUAACAUUAUGACGUUAUCGUAUACAACCGGAUUGACCAUCGGUUCUCUACUGGCGUAUAUGAUGGAUGCUUGUCUCGGACCACCUGUGCAAGCCAAGGACGUGUGUUCCAAGUUGACCAAGAUUCAGACCGCGUCAACCGCGUUAAGCAACGUGACGACGAGCAUCUUGACGACCGCCAUAUCCUCCACUUUGUCUGUCGUCGAGAGAACGACGGUGAUGCCGAAACCGAAGACCGUUAAUGUGCUAACUACAAUUUGGAUGUCCACAUUAUUGUCGAAUAGCACCGCAAGCCUAUUGAAUGAUGAGGGAUCGCUGAAUGCGUCGACGACGGUUUUACCGAAAAUCUUAGCUAAUGUUACCACUUCGGCAAGUAACACGAUUCUGCAACAUUAGGACGCAUAUGUUUAUGUGCUGUGUUAAAUCUGGUGCUUACAUAUAAAUACAGGGUGUUUCACAUCAAAUGUUUCUUUAAAACUCGACGUCGUACGAAGAAUGUUUCGGAUAAAAUUGAUAGAGUUUUGAAAGAAAAAAUAUUGAUAAAAAGAUUUGAAUUUUAAUUAAAGUUGUUUUUAAGAUCAACCUAGUUUUUUCAAAUAGGAUCAGCCUAAUUUUUUUGUACAAAUCGAUUCUCUACAAUAUUCGGCGUCAAAAAUUAGAGAUGAUCAAAAUAGAAUGAAUAGUUUAUGAGAUAUUUUAUAUACUUCAGUUUUUGACAUAAUUUUAUGUAAAUUA